AUGAAUGUUUCUAAUGCUAAAAAGAAUGAUUUUGAAGAAGAAAAUCAUAAAGAUGUUUUAAAUAAUCAAUUGACUACAAUUAAUCGGUUACAGAAUUCAUUACCACCAUUACCACCAUUAUCAGAAUCGGUACUCCCGUCUUCAUUAAACUUCCCCCAGCUAACAUUACCGAAUUUACCAACAUUACCAGAUGAUGGAGGAAGUGUGGAUAAAAAAAGUAUUGGGAAUGGGAACUCAAAUAACAAGAAAAAAAAGGAAAAUACCGGGCCUAAAACAAGACCGGCAUUUGUAAUGAAAAUCUGGUCAAUGGUUAACGAUCCAUCAAAUCAUGAAUAUAUAAGAUGGAAUGAUGAUGGUAAAACAUUUCAGGUGUUCCAUAGAGAGGAAUUUAUGAAGGUUAUAUUACCAAAAUAUUUUAAACAUAAUAAUUUUGCAAGUUUUGUCAGACAAUUAAAUAUGUACGGAUGGCAUAAGGUUCAGGAUAUUAGUAAUGGAACAUUAACCAGAGAUGAAAAAAAUGGUGAAGAAAUAUGGCAGUUUAAAAAUCCAAAUUUUCAAAGAGACCGAGAAGAUCUAUUAGAUAAUAUUAUCAGAAAUAAAACAACUAAUCAAUUUGAAGGAAAUGAUUUAAAUAAUGUUAAUUUACAGCUAAUUCUUUCUGAAUUAGAUCAAAUCAAAUUAAAUCAAUAUGCAAUUGGUGAAGAUUUAAGAAGAGUUCGUAAAGAUAAUAAAACUUUAUGGCAAGAAAAUUUCAUCACUAGAGAACGGUACACUCAACAAGGUCAAACUCUUGAUAAAAUUUUGAAAUUUUUAGCGGCGGUUUAUGGUAAUUCAAAUAAAUCUUUAGAUGGUACUAAUUUUGAAAUUGAAGGUUUAGAUAAUCAAAUGACUCCUUACCAAAAUAAUUCGAAUCAAUCAAAUCAAUCAAAUAAUUCAAAUUCAAAUCCUUAUAAUGAUUAUUCUCCAAUUCCAAUUCGUAAACCAAGACUUAUGUUAACUAAUAAAGCUCAUCAAAAAACUCCUAAUUCAGAUAGUCCUGCUAAUUCAACUAAAUCAGAAUCAAUCGAAGAAAUUAUGAGAUCUCAUGAUCAAUCUCCAAAAGAAAAUAAUUUACCAGCUAAUAAUUUAAAUCGUAUUUAUAAUCAAAUUGUUAAUCAAGAUAAUUCAAUUCCUUCUCCUCGUCAUUAUUUCCCAGAACUUAAUUUCCCAAAUAGUCCUCAUCCAAAUGAUCAAACUCCUUUAACUCCUGAUAAUGGUUUUUCUGGUUUAGAACAAAAUAUUUAUAAACAGGGCCAAUCAAUUCAACAAGUUCAAGAUUGGAUCCAAAAAUUGGCUUCUCAACAACAAGAACAACAACAAAUGUUAAAUGAACAACAACAUUUAAAAGAAAUUCAAAACGACGAUCAUUCUAAUCAAGAUAUUGAUGGGUUUGAUGUUAAUGAAUUCCUUGAUAAUCACUCUAAUCUUCAAUCAAAUUCAAAUGAUCCAGUUGUUAUCACUCCUGGCCUGAACACUCCCAAAUACAACUCUUCCAAAAGACCCAUCGAAGAAGUCUACGAUGAUGAUAACGUCGAUCAACCUCUGAAAAAGAGAUAA